CAUCACCCUACCACAUUCAAACAUUCUUUGCGUUGCUACAAUUAUUUUUUUCAUGUUUCUCGUACACACCGUAUGAACAACAAUAAAUAGCUUAUCCCCUCCCCCGUGCAUACGGAAUUCACAAUUAUCUAUCCUCGUGACGUCGUCGAACUAUAAUUAUUAUUUCUCUGUGCGGUGUUUCAAUUUUUCCUUGAGCUUGGUACUCCGGCGACUCACUAGUCUGCUCUCAAUUGUUGUCGCAAUAUUAUCGGACCUUGUCGUCAGAACGCUUUUGGUUAAUUUCACACCACCUCAUCCUUAUCCCGUUUAACCAGCAUACGUCGCGAGAUUACAAGCGCGGAAGACACGGUCCUGUCACCGAGUGGAAUUACAAGAGGCCAGUCAUUACCACAGGAGAUACGAACAUACGCAUGUCAAUCCAGAAUCUUAACGUAUUCGACCCGUUUGCUGAUGCAAUCAAGGGUGCAGACGAUGACGUUCAAGACGGGCUUGUUCACAUAAGAAUUCAACAACGUAAUGGUCGUAAAACAUUAACAACGGUCCAAGGUCUCUCGUCAGAAUAUGACUUAAAGAAGAUAGUACGUGCCUGCAAAAAGGAGUUUGCUUGCAACGGUACAGUAGUUGAACAUCCUGAAUACGGUGAAGUGUUACAAUUACAAGGAGAUCAGCGAGAAAACAUUUGCCAGUGGUUAACUAAAUGUGGUCUUGCCAAGUCUGAUCAACUUAAAGUCCACGGUUUCUAAAGAAAACAAUUUAAUCAUGCUACAAAAUACAUUAGAUUGUUACAUUAAUCAGUCAAAAAAAUCAUAAUAAAUUCAAAAUUCUCAAUUUCAUAACAUGCUUUAAUAAAUGUAAUGUUUAAUCCUAGUGUUUUUUUCAAAUCAUUAAUUUUCAACAGUGUAGAUUUGAAUAAGCAUUAGUGUUAUGUAUAUCAAUGCUACUGACAUAUUUAGAGAACACUUUUGUUGUUUCCAUAAUAUUAAAUGUAAUAACUAAUAAGAAAAAAUAA